AUGAGAGUCGGCGAAGAACAUUCGCGAACCAGGAGAAUCGGCGUCACGUUCCUCGUCGGCUCUGGUUCGAGUUAUCCCUACGGAUUCUUUGAUCAGGCCUGGAAAGAAAACAUGACUAAAGAAGAAGCCGAGCAACUUGUUGUGAAGGCAGUUUCACUUGCUAUCGCCCGUGAUGGAGCCAGUGGAGGUGUUGUACGAACUGUCAUAAUUAACUAA